AUGAAAACGAAAACACUUCUAUUACUGUUCCUGAAUAUUCAUCUGAUCAAACCACAAGCGGAUCUUCAAUGUCUCCGCUGGUUCCCGGAACCAGUCAGUUAUAAAUUAGAAGUUUCGAAUCUGAAAUUGGGCGAAGACUUCUUUAUGAUCGAUGAUUUUUUGAUGAAUCGAGAUGAGAAUUCGACGAGUAAAGUUGUUGAAGAUUAUGUGAUUGGGAAAUUGAAUGAAGGAAAGUCAGGAGGAUAUUCUGAUAUUUUUUCGAUUGUUUUUAAGCAAUUGCCUUCUGUUCGCCAGUUGAUCAUUUCAAUGUUCUGUCUCAUCGUCUCAGUUGUCAUUUUCUUCAUUGUCUGGAUGAUGGACGUCUCAGAAUUCUUUGAAUUCAUCGGAAUCCGUUUCAAAUUCACCGAACAUCGUUCCGGAUUGACCAUAAUUCCAAUAUUCUGUUGCAUUGGUUUAUUGGUUCUCCACUCGAAUAUAAGGGACUCAUUUGCAGCAACAACUAAAGGAAUUGUGGAUUUAUAUAACACAAAUGAUGGAGAAUUCGCUCCUCUCGAAGCGCGGAUCGCAAGGAAAAUGGAGAUGGUUCCAUGUCUAUUCAAGAAAGAUUUUGCCAAGGGUUUGAUAUCACAUCGAUUGGUGGAUCGAUACACUGAUAACAUGAACAUGACCUCACUAUUUGAUAGGGAUCUUCUUAAACGAAAUGUAGUUUUUGAUAAAAAAGGAAUGAAUAACAACUGCAGGAAACUGCUGAAGAUUACUAAUGAAUCUUUGAUGAACUGGAGAACAGAAAUGAAUUUUAAUAUUCUCCACUCGGAACUUGGAAAUCUCGAAGCUGAAUACAUUGACAUAAUUCUGAAAGCUCUCGAUGUAUCCAUUCCGAUUUUCAUAAAAGCAUUGGGAACGAUUGAAGAUUUCGUAGAGAAAUAUCACUCUACAGUACUCAUUCUCCCGAAAAAGCACAUAAUAGAAUUCUAUGAAACUUGUGCGGAAUCUUCAAUCACUAUAUCUCUAGUGAUUACUGUAAUUCUCACGGCUCUCUUGAUGGUCAAGUUUGAAUUCAAAAUAAUCCAAGUUUUUUUUAGAGCUCUGAUUGCUCGUAUAACAUUCAUUCAAUUGGUUCAUCAACAAGUAGAACACGAGAAUUUCGCAGCUUUCGAAAAAGUGAAUCCAUUCGAUUUGACUGAAAACGGAGCAAUUUAUUCGAUUAAUUAUGGAAACGUACUCAAAAAGGCAGUCGAACAAGAGACUACUCUAUUUCAUUUAUUGGCUGCAGAAUCAGAAUACAAUGAAAAUAGAAGGUUUAUCCCAAGAUCAAUAAAUGGGAAACUUCUCUUCAAUUCCACCAAAAAAUUCAACGCAACGAUUGAGAAAUUAGUGGAAAUAAUGAAUACGAAGUAUGAGAAAUAUGUGGAGAUUUCAUGUGAAAAAAGUCGAUUGGCUUUUGAAAAACUGGAAAAAGAAAUCGAAAAAAGUCAUUGUAGUGAGAAUAGAUCACUCGGAAUACUGAAUGAGAUGAGAACAUUACUCAACACAACCCACCACACUGCUUGCAAUCUGAAAACCAAUCCGAUCGAUAAAUCGAAAAUGAGGAGUUCUUCGUAUUCCGCGUGGGUUCAAAGUCUUUUACCUCUCAAAAAUCAAGCGUUAAUCCGAAAAACAUCAGUCGAAGAUGUCAGAAGUCCAAUGCAAGUUUAUCUGAUUUUCGAGAAUCCAUCUAGAAAAUUGCGUCCGACAAUUCUGGAAAACAUGCUACAUAUGGCUGUUUUGAUUGUUUCGAUGGCUCCAAUAUUCCUCAUUUUGGCGAUUUAUUUUAUGUGUAUUUUGCCACUUUUGAUGGGAGAUGAGGAAUCAGAAUGGGCGGAGUCGGAUUCUAGAUCGUCAAUGCUAGAAGAAUACAGAAGCAAACAUUCGAGUAAUGAGAAAAGCGGAUUGAAAAAUUAUGAUAAUUAA